AUACAAAGUGAAAUUUUGCUGUAAUAAUUGAGCGUGUUUGUUCUGAAGAUUGUUAGUGUUGUUGACCCAAGUGUUUGUUUUGGUUUCUGGACAAUAUGGUUCGACCUUCAUCAGAUAUUUGGCAAUCAUUUGAUAUUGAAAAAACAGAUAAAAAAUCCAAGGCUAUAUGUAGGUUUUGCUGUUUUAAAUCGGCCUUUCCAAACGCAACUCGCAUGACGAAUCAUAUAUUAAACCAAUGUUCAAAAUGUCCUUUGGAAAUUAAACAAAAAAAUGGCAAAAGAUACCAGUCUCCCUUCAACUAGCAAAAAGGACACGUCAUCAAUGUCAUCAUCUUCGGAAUCUCCAUUACCAUCAGUAAAACGCAAGAAAGCUAGCUGCCAACAAACAUUG